AUGGCAACCACUAACAUCAAGCGACUACAUUGGACGCAGCGGAUAGCCCUCGUCAGGCACAACCUUCAUUGUGCCAGUCGCAGUGGCGAUUUUGGUUUCUUCAAGGCUCUCCAGGCUGCAGGCCUAAUGGAGGGAACUAACCACUUUGCUACCUUGACGGCAUCAAUGGGCGACGACGCCGAUACACUUCUUGCUGCGAUGGACAAUCUCAACGGCGGACUUGCAUACAUUCACCAGGAUGCAUUCGAGAAAGUAUAUGAAAACCUCAAGAACUCGGUGAGGGAGGACGGCAUGCCAGACAGAGCCAAAAUCUAUGUCGAUAUUACAAUGCAAAAGAAUGUCGCGGCUGCGGCAAUUGACAAGUUGAGCAGUUCUGCCAUCGCCCUGAUCCAGUCACAGCCUAUUCAUUUUCAGGACGAAGCCGCGAAUGUCUACAUUGCGGGGCUCACGCUUGCAGCGGACUGUGUCGAAGUUGUGACAAAGCAACUCAACUCCAUCGACUCGAAGAUGGAUGACUUCGUUCGCCUCGAAGAUUCUUGGAACACGGUCAAAGGUUCAGUUGUUGCGCUGAACGCUAGUCUGAAGGGUGUGUUUUAUCUGAUGGACGCGACUGAUCCCCAAGGAGACAAGGCCGCACCAUCCCACGGAAUUGCAAGUGCAGGCAGCGCCAUGUUCAGGAGACUUUCGACAGCUUUUCAGUCUCCACCACCGCCACCACCAAAGACUUCCCGCAGCUCGAGUGUUGUGACUGCCGGUGCUUCCAGCGGCUCACUGCCGUCUGAAUUCGUGUAUCGUACUCCCGACUACGUUCGUAACAGCGUCAGCCAUGGAUGUCCCACAAGUCUACCGUCCAUGAACAACUUCCAAGCUUUCAACGCCAAUGCAUUCAACUUGAAUGGCUUUCAAUCUCACAAGCUCACCACCAUCCCGCCAACGCCAGCUGACGAGUCAACCGAUCCGUUUGAUACUAGUGUAUCAGACAAUCCGCUUACGCCUCUUGAGGAGACCACAAGCAAUGUUCACUUGGUCGCUGUGUAG